AUGCCGGAAAAUGCGGCUCUCUUGGCAGCUGGGGUUUUCUUUGUCCAGGAAGCCCACGGGUCACUGCAGUUUGAGUUUAUUGCAGCGUGCCCUGUGAGAAGCCAUAUGGAAAGCCAGUCCUCUUCAUUAGUCACUGCUUUCACAUACUCAGCAGCGCUUGUUGAACUCUUCACUACUUGUCGGGCAAGCUCGGACCAGAAUGGUAUUCGCCUAUCCCUUGCCAAUGAUCUAAGAUUUAGUAACCAUUCUGUUGUGUCAGACAAACAGGGGGCUCAUUCCCAAGGCAGAGCUGUCGAAGAAGCUAUCCAUUCUAUUGAGACGCCACUCAGGGCCUUGAGUAGGAGUGGCGAAUCUCCUGACCUGGAGACCAUAUAUCAAAUGACCGAACCGGCCCCGUACCUGUGCACAGCGAAGGCCAAUAACAACAUCGGUUUUUAUAGCUCCUAUGAAAUGUCUAGUCAAUUUGCUAUUGUAGAGCUAGGUCUCGUUACUUCUGUACCGCCGAGUAUUUUUUACAAUAUGCUUUUACAACGGUUUAAGCCCGUCCUCGAUAAAUUGAAUUCGCAGAAUCCCCUGGCGUCCGAACUCCCGGUAAAUCCAUUUCGAUACCUCACAGACCUCGAUCCAGAGCCUAUGUUUCUCGUUCACGCUGUGGCCUUUGCGGGCCAUCAUGUCAAGAGUACAUCAUCUCAGAAUCAUCGCUAUGCGGCACUCCAACGGCUCCACGAGAGCCUCAAAUUGAAACCUAGUCCGCCUUUAGAAACAGGAGGACGCAUCUUAUGGGGACCUAUGGUCUCCUCGAAGCUUGCGGUGGCUUUGAAGGGUGGACCACGUCCCCUAGGGUGGGAUGCAAUAACCAGUCUAGUAUCCAUGGAAGAUUGCGUGUUCCCCUACACAUACUUCGAAGCCAUACUGUCGAAUCAUAAUGGUCAAGACUGGGAUAAUUUCGGACUAUGCGUGUGUCCAGUAAAUCUCGUGAAGAUAGUAAUGCAGUUGGCACGCCUGAGUGCAGAGAAGAGGAAAUCGUCCUCGAUGCGGUACAUCACAUUCAACAUUGCUGUGGUCUGGGAGCUCGGGCAGGCACUUGAGUCCUGGCAUCACGUUUCCCCUGCGAGGGUGUUUCAUUGGCAGCCUGGAAACAGCAUCCGGAUGCGCAGUGUGCAUCACGCAAUGGUUAUCGUGGACCAUGUGGUUGCGUGUUGCGAUGAAAGUAUGGUGUCCAGACAGGCCUUAUUACCUCUCUUCUUUGCAGGCUGCAAACUGAGCGAUCAAUCCAUGCAUGAGAAGAUUCUAAACUUCUGCUUUGAUGGGAAUGAGAGGACCAGAUAUCAUAUGUUCAACACCACCAUACCCCUGCAGGAAGACGUAUGGGCUGAACAAGAGACAAAGGGUUUCGAGAACGUGUAG